UUUCUAGGUACAAGGUAUGAAUCUGAAGUGGUGUUAUGCGAUUUUGAGUGUUAUAAUCUAUGCAAAUGCAUUUGAAGAUGUUUUGUCAGAAAAUGGAAAUCCGGACAAGGAAUUAAAUGUCUUUCUGCAGUUCACCGGGUUAGAGUAUGAAGACGCUUGUUUCAAGUCCGCUGAAUCUGAGUGGACGUUUAUUAAAAAUCCAACGAAUCAAACUCUUAAACCAUGGGAAGAUUCAUUGACUGCAUAUGGAUCAAUAAAGCGUAAAUGUGUGAAAGACUUAGAUGAGAGAAUAAAUGAAACUCGGUCAAGCCCUGCGAUUGAAUACAAAUUGAAUCUUGUUAGUAAACCGGGUGAUGCAUUGCUUGAGCCUCAAGACUGGACAAGCUUUAUAUCAUUUGUUAGUGAAGCUGAAUUAAUACGAUUAUCUGGAAAUUAUACAUCAGGAUCAAAUAAUUCAUUGCGCAAAAAAGCUGAAGAUUCACUGGCGCGUAAUGCAAGUGCUGAAGAAAAGUUAAAAGCAUGGAGAUCUUGGCAUCAAACGUUACAACCACUAACAACAAAAUUAUCAAAUAAUUUGCAGCUUGUUCAGAAAGCCGCCAUCGCGAAUGGCGCUAAUGAUGUAACAGAGUACUGGGAAAUGCUCAGUGAAUACAAAAAUGGAUACAAUGAAGCCAAAGAUAAAUGGAGUGAAAUUUCAUCUCUCUAUGAUAAAAUAGUUAAAUUUGUUAAAACUCAUUUAACUUUAAGAUACAAAGAUCUCAUUAAAGGCGAGGGGAUACCUGCUCAUUUACUUGGUAAGAACUCUUCAAGGAUAUGAUUGGACACCUCUUGCAAUGGACAUAGUACCUCAUCCUGAUUUUAUUUUUGAAAUUAGAAAAAAUCUCUGGCAAAAGGUAUUUUUAUAUUAAUUACUUAUUUAAAAAUUGAUGACUUAAUUAUUUUAUACAAUAAUUUUCUUUUUCAGAAUCUUAUAGGAAAAAAUUUAUACAAAUCAGUAUCUAGACUAGCAAGCAUAACAUUAAAACAUGUACCAGAAGCACAAUUUUUUGAUAAGAGUAAUUUCCAAGGUCAGUGUCCAUCCCGGCUGGUAAAUUUCUGUCGCCAGGGAAGACUAAGAGUCAAUACAUGUUCUGAGCCAUCAAUUUCAAAUUAUUUGUCAGCUCAUAAAAAUAUCGCUAAGGUUUUAAUCCAUCAAAUGUCUGAAGAAAGUAUGCCUAUUGUAAAUGGCGCUAAUCGAUACUCUGCGCUAGAAGAAGGAGUAUCAGAAUUAUUCGGAAUUUUGGCUUCAAGUCAAGCAUGGCUCACCACAUUAAAUUUAAUUAAUGAGACUGAUAAAACUGAAGAAGCUCAUCUUGUCUCUAUUAUGAUGACAGCAUUAGAUGUACUUCCGCGAAUGGCGUACUAUUUUAGCGCUGAUCAAUGGAGAAUAGAUGUCAUUAAAAAUAACACUUUUGAUCCAGAAAAUUUAACGAGUUCGUGGUGGAAAUAUAGAUUGGAUUAUGAACACGUAGUACCUGGUUCUUCCGAAAAUCUUCCAACAUUUUUAGAUGAUAGUUUUAUAACAAGUAAUCGUCCGUAUCUUUCUAAAUUUAUGGGAACGAUAAUUGGUUUUCAAAUUUACGAGUACUUAAUGGAGUCAACGGAAGUAAGAUCAGAAAAACUAGAAAAAAUACCCAUCAAUCAUAAUUUUAUUAAAAUGAUACAGCACGGAAGCGCAGAAAAUUGGAACCAAGCUAUGAAAAGUUACUUGCAACUGUACGACGUUUCUGUGGAUUCUCUGCUGAGUUACUUUUCUCCACUAGAGCAGUAUUUGGAUGAGCUUGACGAGAAAGAAGUUGGUAGCCUACCGGUGGAGCUUGAAAAAAAAUUAGAAGCCCUCGAGGAUCAAUACCAAAGAGACUUAAAUACUCCUUCUACCACAGAAGUGAUCAAGCCUACAACUGCCAUGCCAAAAAAAGCAACAACUAAGCCUCAGCAAAAUGAACGUCCGUUGAGUACAGAAGCGCCUAAGCCGCAAGCAAAUAAUUCUUCAAAAAUUAUUACGGAUAAAAAUUCUGGAAAAGAAGUGGCCAAAACUACUGAAGCAGUGCCGAUUAAUGUUAAAAAGGCAGAUGGAAGUGUCAAAAGAGAAGAUAAUAAAGGGAUUAAAGAAGAAGUGGAACAUAAUAAUGAAGCUGGAAAACUAAUCAAAGGUGGAAUGAGCACUGCCGUCUGGGCAGUCGGGUCUGUGCUGAUUGCUACUAUUGCUAUUGUCUUUAUAGCUAUUUUCGGGAGAAGAAGGUGCCGAAAAACGCCAAAGAAUAGACGAUAUGUCUAG